AUGGUCUCCAACACCAACGUCACGGAUCCCGCUGGCAUCGAUCCUUCUACUAUCGUCGGACUCGAACUCGCGAACGGUGACCUUCGCGUGGGCGAGCGUCUUAACGCCGGAUCCUUCUCCACCGUCUUCCGUGGAGAAUGUAUCUCGGCGAACAGGACCUACGCACUCAAGUUUAUGCGCAAAGUCGAUCCUACCGCACGCCAAUUCCAGUUCCAAUGCAUGGAGUUCGAGACGCAUCUUCGCGCGCAUGAACACCCUGGUAUCAUCACUCUCCACCGAGUGCUUGAGCAUGGCGACCAUGUCGUGCUCGUGCUAGACUAUGUUGACGGUGGCGACUUGCUCGAAGCAAUCACACAACAAUACCAUCGGUUUAGGGGCAAUGAACAUCAAGUCCGCUCCACUUUCGCGCAGAUGCUACAGGCGGUCAAGCAUACGCAUGACGCCGGCGUCGUUCACCGUGACCUCAAGCUCGAGAACUUCUUGGUGUCCGAAGACCUAUCCAAGGUGUAUCUGGCGGACUUCGGCCUCGCAACGACGUCGCGUACGUAUGAGCAGGUCGGCUCGUUGCCCUACGUCCCACCUGAGUGCUUUGGCGAACACGUACGCUCCGUCUCUACAGCUUCUCCUAAUUCCGCCGACGUCUGGGCGAUGGGUUGCCUUCUCUACCAACUCCUCACAGGUGUCAGCCCCUGGAAAAGCGCAUCGCUCGUGGACCAGAGCUAUGUCAACUACCUGCAACACCGGCGCUCUAUCUUCACUCGACACGCGUGCGACGUCAGUCCCGAGACGCAGUCGCUCAUCGUCCGCGCGCUCGCGCCGCACCCUGUUGAUCGUAUCAGCCUCGACAACUUCGUGACCGCUUUCAACGACUUGCCCUCGCUAUACACGGGUAAGACCGUCCUGACCAGGCGCAAGCGCGCGCCUAAUGCCCUCAAACUCCGGUGCGCUUCGUCCACGCUCUCAUUCGCCCGGCCCGGGUCGGACGACUCGGAUUCGACGUUGUCGAGCGCUCUUGAGACUCCCGUGAUCACACACGCACUCCCGCUGCCGCCUCCCAAGACCGAAUCGUCUUUGUCGCAACAGUUCCUCGCUAUGCCUGGCUUAUUCCGCCUAGUACAAGGGGACGAGCGGGCGGAGACAUGA